UAAAGAUGACAUGGAGCGUCUGUUACAUGCUUUGCAAAUUCCAGGAUUCCACAUCUGCCAACAACUAACGCACGCAAGUGGCAUGGAGGCGCUCAUGAUUCUUCUAAGAAGAUUGGUUUACCCAAAUCGUUUGUGCGACUUAGCUGAUGUGUUCGGGAGAAGCAUUUCAGAAUUAAGCUUUAUCACAACCAAAAUAGUAGACCACUUGUAUGAUCGUUACCGGGACCUUUUGGAAUCACUAGAUCUUCUGUGGCUAGACCUGGAAAUUUUUUCAGAGGCCAUUCAUGCCAAAGGGGAUCCCUUAACGCAAUGUUGGGGUUCUAUCGAUGGUACGGUAAGGCCCAUUUGUCGCCCAAUCCGAAACCAGGGUAUCAUGUAUAGUGGCCACAAGCGAACCCAUUGCCUGAAGUUUCAGUCUGUGCAUGCUCCAAAUGGUCUAAUUGCCCACCUAUUUGGACCCAUAGAGGGACGCAGGCAUGAUGCAUUUAUGCUUGGAGAAAGUGGUCUAAUUCAUAUUCUACAGAGGUUUCGAAAGCCCAAUGGGGAACCAUACAUUAUAUAUGGUGACCCUGCAUAUGGUAUUACAAGAAAUAUCCUAGCACCUUUUAGAGGAGCCCGCUUAACUGCCGAUCAGCAAGAGUUUAACUCCCAAAUGAGCAAAGUCAGGUGUAGUGUUGAAUGGGGUUUUGGAAAAAUAAUUCAGAAUUUUGCUUACCUGGACUUUAAAAAAAACUUAAAGGUCUUGUUGCAGUCAGUUGCAAAAUAUUAUGUUGUUGGAGUAUUACUGACAAAUUGUCAUACAUGCUUAUAUGGGUCCCCCACAAGCACCUUUUUUAACCUGGAUCCCCCCUCACUAGAAACAUAUCUAAGAAAUAGAUAAGCACACAGAGCCAUUUACUG